AUGUCGCCCAGUUCCAGCGUUGACAAUCCCGCCCUCGAUGGCCCGGCGUUUAGCCACCUCCCUCAAUGGGUAAAAACCAAACUUCGGCCGAUUGCCAUUGAGAAGAUCCAGGCUGUCUAUGACUGGGUGGAAAAUGAGUGCAUCCCGCGGGAGCCCGUGAUGGCUGCACAGGUUGACGCCAAGAGGUGGGCAACACCGCCCUUGAUGCAUGAGCUCCGUGAUCGAGCCAAAGCGCUUGGUCUCUUCAACCUCUUCUUAUCCGACCACUUCGAGGAGAGCCCCGGCCUUACCAAUCUUGAGUAUUCGUGUUGUGCUGAGAUUAUGGGUCGCUGUUACUGGGCCGCCCAGACUAUGAACUGCCACGCUCCCGAGACCGGAAACAUCGAACUGCUCGCCAAGUACUGCAACAAGGAACAAAAGGAACAGUGGCUGAAGCCCCUGAUGGAGGGAACUGCGUCAUCCGCUUACAGCAUGACCGAGCCCGACGUUGCCGCCUCCGAUGCGACUAACAUCGGAAUUCGCAUUACCCGUGAUGGCGACGAGUACGUUAUCAACGGCAGAAAGCUCUACUCAAACUGCCUCUGGAACAAAGACCUCUCUUUUUACAUCUUGAUGGGUCUAACCGAUCCCGAAGACCCCAACAAGUGGAACCGCCACACCAUGAUCAUUGUUCCUUGCGACACCCCUGGCAUUACUCAGGUCCGAAACCUGUCAAUCAUGGGCUAUGACUGGGCCCCCGACGGCCAUGGUGAAUACAUCUACGAGAACUGCCGAGUCCCUGCCAAGAAUGUCAUCGUUUCCCCUGGAAAGGCUUUCAUGAUUGCUCAAGGUCGACUUGGUGGUGGAAGAAUCCAUCAUUGCAUGCGGUUGAUUGGACAAGCAGAGAGGGCGUACGAGCUUGCUCUUAUGAGGUGCAAUGACCCCAAGAAGAAGCCUAGAGGCAAGUUGAUUGGCGAAUUCGACUCGAAUAUCGAGAGAAUUGCACAGAUGCGACUCGAAAUCGACUCUAUGCGCCUCAUCGUAUGCAGUGCUGCCGACACCAUGGACAAAGUAGGAAACAAAGAAGGCAAACGAUGCAUCGCCAUGUGCAAGGUUCUUGUCCCUCACAAGGUCACUGAGAUCAUCGACGAGGUGAUGCAAAUAUGGGCCGGACAAGGACUUACUCAGCACACGCCCCUUCCCCAGCUCUGGACAUAUGCCAGAUUUGUUCGUGUAGCUGAUGGACCCGACGCGGCUCACAGGCACCAAGUUGGGCGGGAGGAGAUGAAGAAGGGUAAGGAGGUCACGGAGAGACACCAAGAAUACAACCGAAAGGCCAAGAAGUUUGCAGAACUUAGUGGCGAGAAGUUCAGAAUGAUGCCAGAAGAUACUCUGUAA